AUGUUAGGCCAUAGAGCAAUGCGGCGUCUUUCGGAUACCAAGAAUGUGGUACAGAGGUUGAAGAGAAAGAGACGAUUUGUGUCCGUCUUUGCACUCGUCUGUACCAUAUAUCUUUUCUUUUUCACCAUUUAUUCCCAAAGAAGAGCCUCAAUUAACAGUUUAAGGACAUUGAUCAAGGGCAAGUUUGACACGGCAGAUGAUUUGUUGUUGACACUUGAGAAGAAAUUCAAGUCUAUGAACGUGUUUUUUGAUUACAACAAAUACUGGAAAUAUUACACUGGUCUGCACGAUUAUAAUCUCCAGCUGGAUCCGGAUGAUUACAAAAAGGUCAGAGAGUCUAAAUUGUAUUAUGAUCCACGUAUUACGUUUGCUGUUUAUAUUCAUCACAUAAAAAAGCUUAUGGAAUCUCGUUCGGAAGGCCAAAAAGAUCCAAUCACCAUCCCAUUUUCCUGGCAGGACUGGGUUGAUUUAUCAUACUUGAAUCAGUAUUUGGAGUAUGACGAGGUGGAAAAGCCAACUUGCUACGAUAUUCUUCAUCAUGGUCUGGAUUACAAGCCAGCUCUGAAAGGAAGACCCACAAAGACCAAGGCCAAGCAAAAGAAAAUCAAAGAGUUUGAUGCACAACCAUGCGUGGAUAACAGUGAUUAUAAGGGCAACGUUCCAAAGAAGUUAUUACCUGGCUUUAACAUACAAGGACACACACUUACGACAUUUUUCCUUGAAAAGAAGGUACAUGCAAAAUCAUACGUUUUGUCAUCUUUCCCGCUACCAAAUUCGAUUGUAUUUCUUUCCAAGGAUGGUACCUAUUCAGUCGUUCCAGAUAAAGAUGUCAACAUGAUAAAUAGUGGUCUUUUUGACGAUUAUGUUAAGGAUGUGUCCAGCUCGCAUUCCAAAAAACAAACCGUUUUAGUCGACCCUGUUGAUGAGUAUGAUGAGCUGCAACUUCAGGCCCCUGCAAAGAAAGGCGACCGGGAUUUCAGCAGAAUUUUCUCGGAAGAGAACAAUUACGAGUAUCUCGAACCGAUGAACGAUUUUUACUAUGAUUAUACUGGUAUAGUGAAAGAUUUAAGAGCCAAAGGGGAUAAGCUAUCUCCACAGGAGAAAAGACAUUUGGAGUCACUUGAAUAUUCUUUAUCGAUAGACGAAUCCUCACUCCCAAAAGCGUUCCAAGAGGUUAAUAUUAUUUGGCCCGAGAAUUACAAUGGACACCGUGUGAAGGAAAAUGGAGCUCACUACGAUUGGAGAUUCUUUGACGGGUUCAUCUCGGAGUCAAAACUUAAUGUUUAUGACGAUACAAACGAAAAGCGUAAGCUGAUAUUACACAGAAUGGUCCAUACAUGGCUACAGUUUACAUUUAGAACGGGCAUACUUUCAAUUCUUGCCCAUGGAUCGUUGCUUUCCUGGUGGUGGGAUGGGUUGGUUUUUGAAUGGGAUGAUGAUAUUGAUGUCCAGAUGCCUAUCAUGGAACUUGAUAAAUUUUGUGCCGCCUACAAUGGAUCAAUGAUUGUCGAAGACGUGAAUCAAGGCUUUAGCAAGUAUUACGUUGACUGCAGUACAUCGAUAACGCAUCGUGCCCAUGCCAAUGGCCUUAACAACAUAGAUGCUCGAUUUAUCGAUGUGGACAGUGGUAUGUAUAUUGACAUUACCGGGUUGGCAAUCACCGGUUCACCGGGAAUGCCUAAUAGAUUCCAUGAUCGGUGGAAAGAUCUCAGGGAGCAUCCGGAGAAGGUUCUUGAUCCAGGACUCACUUUUCCUCAAGAUGUCUGGAGUAAGUUACUUGAUGAAGAAAGAAAAAAUAAGGAAGCAGAAGAAGCCAAAGGAAAAGAAGUUGAAGGGAAAGAAAGUGGCAAGGUUGUUGAAAAUGUGGUUAAAGAUACGGAGUCUGGUAAAGUGGACAAGAACUCUGAAGGUGGGAAAUCUGAGGAUGACACCAAAAAUAACGAAAACCCUCCUUUGGAUAAGAGAUCGGUACAUAGAACUGAGGCGCGGGCGGAUGAAAGAAGAAGAAAUGCCAUGCUUUUGGCAAGAACGAGAGCAAGGAAGACCCAAACGGAGCUUAAGAUAUACUUUGACAGAAAUGCAAAGAUGCAUCUCUUCAAUUGCAGGAAUAAUCAUUUCUAUUCCUAUGAGGAGAUGGUUCCUUUGCAGCUCUCAUCUAUGGAGGGAGCAUCGGCUAUUGUUCCACGAGAUUAUGAGGGUGUUAUAACUUCCGAAUAUUCGCGAGGAUUACGCCGUAAGUCGUUUCAAAAGUAUGUGUAUGCUGAGGAUUUACGUUUCUGGAUUCCGCUUAGCAGAAUACGUGCAUUGCUACGUGCAGAUGCCAAGACUAGUAUCCAAAGCCGACUCAUAAAAUAUCUCUUUUCGCACAGGUUGCAAGCAUUGUCAAGGUUAUUAGAGGACGAUGAAAUAAUGAAGGAAUUCUAUUUAACACAUAGGGCAACACGUGAUCAUCUGGAUGAGAUGAGACUCAGAAACAAGGGUAUAAUGAAGAAAAUGACGGAAAGUGACAAGAAGGAGUAUUCGAACCUAAUGGACCAUUAUAAAGAAUACAGAAAGCCAAUGAGGAAGGAUUAUCAUAAUUACAUAGCUGAGGUGGAGUACUUCGAGCAUCAUAAUCCUCCCCAAUGA